GCGAGAUUGACGUCACCGCGGCUUUGGAAGUCUUAGUUAACUCAACAGCUGCCAGCUCUGCGUAGAACCGUCGCAAAUCAACAAAGCUUCCAACGCUAUCAAUUGCACGUCUAAAACCCCUUUCCAUUCACGUUUAAUUUUCCAGAGCACCGCACAUCACAAUGGGUUGGUUCAGCAGCGACGAGAAGAGCGUCCUCAAGGCAAACCCCGUCAACCCCGACGUCACCACAUCCGCCCGCUCUGGUGCUGAGCAAGACCGCUACGGCGAGCACUUCUCCCAAAUCGGCCAACAGGCUGGAGAGAAGAUCCGUGAGGGUAUUCAUGACCUCAAUGCCCGCGCCACAGGCAGCGGCGCCGAGCAGGACCGCUACGGCCAGCACUUCGCCGUCGGCCAGUCCGGCUACCAGGCAGCCAAGAACGAGGCACAGCAAGGAUACCAGAAAGCGAAGUCGGAGGCACAGUCUGGCUACGACCAGGCCAAGUCAUAUGCCAACAAGGCCCUGCAUGCCAGCGGCAGCGGCGCUGAGCAGGACCGCUACGGCAACUACUUCGGCGGACAGUUGUUCGACCCCGUCCGUGCGGCUACAUUGAGCAUUAUCAGCUCCGGAGGCAACACAAGCAAUGCCAACUACCACUGGCUCGGUCACGACGGUCGCGAGAGAGCUAAGUUCCUGGCUGCACAGAAGGGCACAACAGGGUCCGAGCAGGAUCGUUACGGUGCUCACUUCACUGGUUUUGGUGAGGCGGCCGCACAAUCGAUCAAGGACGCGUGGCACGAGGCGAAGAAGCAGGUUCGAUAAACAGAUACCACUGAUCGAUAGUCUCAUUCGGCAAAAGAUUGUAAUGAAUACGAAUAUGUAAAACACCACCA